AUGGCUGUGGAAAAUCACUCGACAGUGACAGAGUUCAUUCUUGGAGGAUUAACUAACAGGUCAGAGCUCCAGAUGCCUUUACUGCUUCUCUUCCUGGGGAUCUACAUGGUCACCAUGGUGGGGAACCUGGGCAUGAUCACCCUGAUAUAUCUUAACCGGCAACUUCACACACCCAUGUACUUCUUCCUCAGCAACCUGUCACUCGUAGACCUCUGUUACUCUUCUGUCAUCACCCCUAAAAUGCUGGUCAACUUUGUAUCCCUGAACAAUGUCAUCUCCUAUGGGGGGUGCAUGUCUCAGCUCUACUUCUUCCUUGUUUUUGUCAUUGCUGAGUGUUACAUGCUCACAGUGAUGGCCUACGACAGAUAUGUGGCCAUCUGCUACCCUUUGCUUUACAAUAUCAUCAUGUCCCAUACUCUCUGCUCCCUUAUGGUGGCUCUGGUCUACAUCAUAGGGUUCUUUGACUCCACAGUGGAGACUGGCCUCAUGUUAAAACUGAGCUAUUGUAAGCACCUCAUCAGCCACUACUUCUGUGACAUCCUCCCUCUCAUGAAGCUCUCUUGCUCUAGUACCUAUGAUGUGGAGAUGGCAGUCUUCUUCUUAGCUGGAUUCAACAUAAUAGUUACCAGUUUAAUGGUCCUUGUUUCCUACGCCUUCAUCCUGUCCAGCAUCCUCCGCAUCAGCUCCACUGAGGGAAGGUCCAAAGCCUUCAGCACCUGCAGCUCACAUCUUGCAGCUGUGGGGCUGUUCUAUGGAUCAACUGCAUUCAUGUACUUAAAACCUUCCACAGCUAGUUCGCUGGCCAAGGAGAAUGUGGCUUCUGUGUUCUACACCACCGUGAUCCCCAUGCUCAACCCCCUGAUCUACAGCCUGAGGAACAAAGAAGUAAAGACAGCCCUGCAGAAAACACUGACAAGAAAACUCUGUUAG